AGAGGCUUGUUGGACGAGGCGCCCAGAACAGAGCUGUCAGAGCAGCAAGACAGAGCGGGCCGGAGUAGCUCCGCUUUUCACACCAGCCGCAGCUAAAUCAAAGCCGAAAACGAACCUACGGAAGCUACAACCACCAAAACUGCAUUACGACUGUACAGUUAAGUGUAUUCGAACUUAGUCGAUUCGCCGCCCUCAAUGGAGCGCUUUUCUUUGAAGUAUUAAAGUCAAUCUGAUCCGUUUUGAGCGAGGAUGAGCGUGAACAGUACGGGGACAGGGUCGGCUCCGUGCCGCUUCGCCCAUUAUUUCGUGAUAUGUGGAAUAGACACCGAGACUGGGUUGGAACCAGAUGAAUUGGCCGCUUUGUACCAAUGGCUAGAGGCUGAGCGCCAGGGCAAGGAUCCAGAGGCGGCCGCGCCAGGGGAGAACUUUGACCAGAGUCCGCUCAAAAGAACCUUCAAGUCCAAAGUAUUGGCCCACUAUCCGGAGAACGUAGAGUGGAACCCAUUCGACCAGGAUGCUGUUAACAUGCUGUGCAUGCCCAAGGGCCUGUCCUUCCGGACACAGAGAGACUCCCGGGAGCCGCAGUUCCACUCCUACCUGAUCACGCGGGAGGACGGCUCGCGCACCUACGGCUUCGUGCACACCUUCUACGAGGAGGUGACCAGCCCGCAGAUCUGCGCCGCCAUGCAGACCCUGCACCAGAUGCACCGCGCCGAGCACGCCUCCAACGGCACCAACCCCUCCUCCUCCUCCUCCUCCUCCUCGUCCUCCUCCUCCAGCAUGGACUCGCUGGCCAGCAGCCUGGACGAGGGCGACAGCUCCUCGUCCUCCGCCCCGUCUCCGUCGGCGGCCGGCGGCGGACCCUCUCUCGCUGACACCCUCGUGUCCAAGGCGUUGUGCCUGGUGACGCCCAUGCCCUUCAUGCACGCGUGCCGCCGCUUUCUGGCCCAGAUGCACCGCGCCGUCACUGCCCAGCAGCCCCCGCCGCUGCCGCUGGAGAGCUACGUGCACAACGUCCUGUACGAGGUGCCGCUGCCGCCGCCCGGCCGCUCGCUCAAGUUCCACGCCGUCUACGAGCCCAUCGUGUGCCAGCGGCCGGGCCUGGCCGAGCUGCCCCUGGCCGACUUCCCCCUGGGCGAGGCCUUCCAGCUGCUGGGGGUGGAGAACCUGGUGCAGCUGUUCACCUGCGUGCUGCUGGAGAUGCAGAUCCUGCUCUACUCACAAGACUACCAGCGGCUGAUGGCGGUGGCGGAGGGCAUCACCACACUGCUCUUCCCGUUCCAGUGGCAGCACGUCUACGUGCCCAUCCUGCCCGCCUCGCUGCUGCACUUCCUGGACGCGCCAGUGCCCUACCUCAUGGGCCUGCAGUCCAAAGAGGGCACCGACCGCUCCAAGCUGGAGCUGCCCCAGGAGGCGAACCUGUGCUUUGUGGACGUGGACAACCACACCAUUGAGCUCCCUGAGGACUUCCCCCAGCUGCCCAACAAGCCCGAGUUCAUCCGCGAGCUCACCGACGUGCUGCUACGCUUCGGCCUCUCCCCUGAGGGCAGCAACGCGCCCAUCACCCUGACCGCCACCGCCCCCCCCACCACCACCAGCACCACCACCAGCAGCAGCCGGACGUCCGGUAGCCCCAGCGCCGGCCUGAAGAGCACCGUGCUGAGGGAGCUGGUGGACGACGGGCGCAACGGCAACCUGGGCCGCGAGGACAUGGCCGUGCUGGAGCUGCUGCAGGGCAGCCCCACGCUGGACCGGCUGCAGGCGCUGGCCAAGCGCACCGGCGUGACCGUGGACCGCCUGGAGGCCAUCCGCAGGGGCGUGCGGGACGGACAGGCCGACGGGGAGACGGGCGGAGGUGGGGGCAGCGCGGGGGGCAAGCGCUCGGCGGAGGACGAGCAGGAGCUGCGGAGCGCCCAGCUGAACGUGCAGCUGCGCGAGGUGUUCGCCGGCCGCUUCGCCACCAUGUUCGCCGACUACGAGGCGUUCGUCAUCCAGAGCGCCCCCGACCUGGAGUCCUGGCUCACCAACCGGGAACAGAUGCACAACUUUGACAAGGCCUCUUUCCUGUCGGACCAGCCAGAGCCCUACCUGCCAUUCCUGUCGCACUUCAUCGAGACGCAGAUGUUCGCCACCUUCAUCGACAACAAGAUCAUGUCCCAGUGGGAGGAGAAGGAGCCCAUGCUGCGGGUGUUUGACGGACGCAUCGAGAAAGCCCGCCUCUUCAACGUGCGUGCCCCCAGCCUCCGCUCCUCCACCUACCAGAGGUGCACCAUACUGGAGGAGUCAGCCCAGGCCAUCGAGCAGCGACUGAUGAAGAUCGAUCACACGGCCAUCCACCCCCACCUGCUGGACAUGAAGAUUGGCCAGGGCAAGUACCAGCAGGGCUUCUUCCCCAAGCUGCAGGCCGACGUGCUGGCCUCCGGACCCACGAAUAACAAGUGGUCGAAUCGCACAGCCACAUCUCAGCGCCGACAGGACAGGCACAGACAUCACAACGAACACCUAGGACUGGACAACGACCUGAAAGAGCAGGUGGAGGGGUGUCUGGUGCUGCAGAACUCUAUGGCUUUUUGGGAGUGGGACAAAGCGCCUCCCCCGCCUCUUAAACCGCCCAAAAAGUCCUUCUCAGCCUGCUGCCUGAAGUACAUGCAGGAGGCCCGUAGUCUGGGGAAGAACCUGCGGCAGCCCAAGCUGUCGGACCUUUCCCCAGCGGUCAUCGCUCAGACAAAUUGGAAAUUUGUCGAAGGGCUCCUAAAGGAGUGUCGCCUGAAGACGAAGCGCAUGCUGGUGGAGAAGAUGGGCAGGGAGGCGGUGGAGCUGGGCCACGGAGAGGCCAGCAUCACCGGCCUGGAGGAGAACACGCUCAUCGCCAGCCUCUGUGACCUGCUGGAGAGGAUCUGGAGCCAUGGCCUCCAAGUCAAACAGGGGAAGUCAGCCUUGUGGUCACAUCUCCUUCACUAUCAGGCCCGAGAGGAAAAACAGAGCUUACUAACCGAUUCACCAGGGUCAAACAGUCCAGAGAGGCGAAAAUCUGAUGCCGGUCUCGGGCUCUCAACGCUGCGCGUCUCUGUCAUACAAGAUAUGAGGCACAUCCAGAGUAUGAGUGAGAUUAAGACAGAUGUGGGCCGCGCCCGGGCCUGGAUCCGCCUCUCCCUGGAGAAGAAGCUGCUCUCCCAGCACCUCAAGCAGCUGCUGUCCAACCAAGCCUUAACCAAGAAGCUGUAUAAGCGCUAUGCAUUCCUGCGCUGUGAUGAGGAGAAGGAGCAGUUCCUCUUCCACUUGCUCAGUCUCAACGCUGUCGACUAUUUCUGCUUCACCAACGUUUUCACCACCAUCAUGAUCCCAUACCGUGCUGUCAUCAUCCCCAUUAAGAAGCUCAGUAACGCCAUGACGACGUCCAACCCAUGGGUGUGCGUGGCGGGCGAGUUGGGCGACUCCGGCGUCAUGCAGAUCCCCAAGAACGUUCUGGAAAUGACCUUCGACUCUGCGUUCAGGCCUCCCACUCACAUCACCGCUCUGUUCAAGUGUCAGAACCUUGGCAAGCUCACCACUGUUCAGCUGGGUCAUGACAACUCAGGGUUGCUGGCCAAGUGGCUGGUUGACUGUGUGAUGGUCCGCAAUGAGAUCACUGGACACACGUACAAGUUCCCUUGCGGCCGCUGGCUGGGUAAGGGUGUGGAUGACGGGAGUCUGGAGAGGGUUCUGAUUGGUGAGCUCCAGGUCCCUACCAGUGAUGAGGAGGCGGGGCGAGGGAGUCGGACUCCACCCAUGCAGCGCUCUCCCUCUCAGCCCAGACGAAUCAGCAUCACGUCUCUCAGUGGCCGUGCCAGCAAGCCAACCUCAGCACAAAUACAGGAAGGCAUCGGGGAGUCGGUCAACAACAUUAUAAAGCACUUUCACAAGCCAGAGAAGGAGAGAGGUAGUCUGACCCUGCUGCUGUGUGGGGAGAAUGGGCUGGUGGGCUCUCUGGAGCAGUUCUUCCACCACGGCUUCAAGACGGCACGACUCUUCCAGAAGAGCAUCUUCAUCUGGGACUUUGUCGAGAAGGCAGUGGAGUAUAUGGAAAGUGCUGAUCAGAUGGGGGACUUGCAGGAGACUGCAGAGCCUCUAGGCCUAACCUGUGAAACCUUCUGUCGCUAUGCCAACGCCAUCAACAACUCGCCACGCAGCAUUGGCAAGGAUGGCAAGUUCCAACUGCUCGUCUGCUUAGGAGCCAGGGACCGGCUGCUGCCCGAGUGGCUCCCCCUGCUGGUGGAGUGCCCGGUGAUCACACGCAUGUACGAGGAGACCGCCAUGCUCCGCGACCGCACCACCGUCAACGCGCUCAUCGGAGUGCUGCAGACCCUCCACGACUUCGCCAUUACGCUGGAGACCUCGCUGGUCAAGGGCUUUGACUUGUAGCAGCCAGCUUCCAUGGACCGAAACCCCCCACUCCCCACCCACCUCCA